AUGAGUUCUAAACCUUUAUUACAACCUCUAGUAUCCGAAGAGCCCUCGUCGCUAAAGGUUAGUCUAAGAAGACCGCGCGACAACGUGCUAAGGAGCAAAAUGCUGAUUUACGAGACUAUUACCUAUAUACUCUGUCCGACUUCUUAUUGUAUUACCUAUGUGUUUGUUGAUAACGCAGUUCCACCGCGAUCAGCGAUGUCAAAUAUUGCCUGCCUAUACCUAGGACGGGAUUAUUCUCUCGCGUGUCUUCCGCGGCACCACAGAUACUACUAUAUUUGA